GAUUGAUUCUAGUUUUGACAGAGAAGUAGUUUAGGAAACAUGUUUACAAACUACAUUUGGUAUUUGGCUUAUUAAUUCUGACAGUUAUUAUGAAAUAACUAGGGAACGUAGUCCCAUGCAAUUCUUGAGGCAGAGCAUACCAUAAAGUUGUAAACAUUUUGAAUUCUAAUACAGACAUCUACCUCCCAUCAGGUGAAUCUGUACUAUAAGAACUGGAACCCACUGAAACUAAUAUGCAAAUUUCUAGACCCUUCGAGAUUAAUCUGCAAAUUUCUAGCAGCAACCAACUCAGCAUUCAUGCAGGCUAGGCUGAAAAGGAGCCCGGGCCUACGAUCAUGUAUGUAAUUUAAGACUCGCAGGUGAAACUAACAAUUUAUUUGGAACUCUUUCUUCACUAGAAUUAAUGAACCAGAGUCAGGGGUGGUAAUACACUUAGGAAAUGGAAAGAACCUCAAUAUUGCGUUCAUAUUCCUGCACAUUGCUGCUGGUACUUUUUGAGAGCUGAUAGAGUUAGCUAUAUGCAUUUUGAUUGUGCAGCAUAUGUUAAGACUCUAACAGUUAGAGCAACGCUGUUGGAGUUCACAAAAUGAGCCACGGGUUUCAACCUCAUCGGGCCUGGUGUGCGCGUCCUUGGGUCGGGUUCUUGUAGUGCCAGGCUGCCCUAGCUUUGUGCGUGUACAGAAACUCCUCUUUCUAUGUAUGCAUGCACACGGAGAGCGUUUGCCCAUUAUCAGUUGGGGAGAAGUUGUUGCCAAAAGUCACCAUGCAGGCUGCAAAAUAAGUGUACCUCCAUACCGAGCAAUGCCCAUAGUUGGAAUGAAGUUCACCGUGUUAUCCGACUCACGUUUCAGAACUAUAAGUUGCGGCAUGUUGUAUCAUGCAUGUCCAGUUGCACAAAUAAGAGCCACUCAGCCUGUACAGAUGCAGCUAUGUACUCCCUCCGUUUUCUAAACAUAGGCCUUUUUAGGGCAUUCAAUACGAACUACACACGGAUGUAUGUAGAUGUAUUUUAGAGUGUAGAACUGUAGAUUCACUCAUUUUGCUCCGUAUGUAGUCCAUAUUGGAAUCUCUAAAAAAGCUUAUAUUUAGGAACGGAGGGAGUAAUUUGCAUGAACUGGACUUAUCCAUGCUUGCUUCUUUAUUAUGCAUUAUAGUUGUCUACAUACUUACAUGGUUGCCACUAAGAUAUGGUUGUAUCUCAUCUCUUUGGUGGGAAGACUAAAAUUGUACAGACAAUUGUCUGCAAAAUAUGAGAUGCGGGACUAACUAGAGAAAACAAAAUGACUAACAAGUGGUUAGAUUCCUGUCAAACAAGCUUUGAUUCCUGUCAAAGGUAAUGAUGUAUCUUUAGUUCUUUAUUACACUUUGCUCUUGUUGCCAUGCAUUCGCCAAGUGGACCAGGAAAAGCACAUGAUGCAUCUUUAGUUCUUUAUUACACUUUGCUCUUGUUGCAAGAAACGAAUGAACCCAUGUAAGCACGGUUGCUUUCUUUCCUCUGCUCUGCUCCUCCUCCUGUUAUACAAAGACUUCUGGUGCUGGGGCUAUUUCAUAAGCUUAGUCUCGAAGCUCAAGGCGCCACCAUGACAGAGGUCUCGAAGCAUCCGCACACCUUUUCUAUGUAAGGUUCGUGGCAUAGGAAAUCUGCUUAACAAUGGCGAGCUUGUUGCAACUAUUUAAUGAAUGGGAGAUCCAACUGCUGGUGCUUCUCAGCUUCGUGCUACAAAUAUUCCUCUUCUUUACUGGUGGUCUUCGGCAACGUGGCGCCAAGUUUCUUAGUGGCAUCAUUUGGAUUGCUUAUUUGGUGGCAGACUUGGUAGCUGUUUAUGCCCUUGGUUUGCUCUCAAAACUAGAGGAAAACACCCAUGCCUCCCAAAAGGGCGCCCUGCCAGAAAAUCACCCACUAGCUUUCUUUUGGGCGCCCUUCCUACUCCUUCAUCUUGGCGGACAGGACACUAUCACCGCCUUUUCCUUGGAGGACAACAGCUUGUGGUUGAGACAUUUGUUGAAUUUGGUAGUUCAAGUGGCCCUAGCAUUGUAUGUCUUCUGGAAGUCCACUGCUUGGCGCAAUGUGCAUCAGCUUCUUGUUCCGGGAAUCUUUAUGUUUGUUGCUGGAAUCAUCAAGUACGGGGAGAGGACGAUGGCCCUCAUGUAUGGGAACCUGCAAAACAUCAGUGGCUACAGUACUAGUGAUGAAAGUAAGUUGAACCAUCGAGAACUAGAUCAGGAUGCCAGCUACUCUAGCAUUGUUAGUUUUUGCUUGGAUUCAGCGCCAAUUGUUCGGCAUUUAUUUGCUGGAUUUACACUCCUACAGAUACCGCAAGGCUUCGGUGCAAAAACUUGGACGAGCUAUGCUCAAUCAGAUGAAGUCCAGUUGGCCAAGCUGGCCAAGUUGGUUGAUGUUGAACUUGGCAUCAUGUAUUGUGAUGUUUAUACCAAGGCUGCAGUGCUUCGGACAAGAAGUGGCAUUUUGCUUCGGUGCACAUCUCAAGUAUCGGCUUUGGUUGCCCUUGUGCUCUUCGUAGUUGGCAACAAACAGAGAUACAGCAGAGCCGACGUUGCAAUCACCUACACUUUAUUCAUAGGAAGCUUUUUCCUGGAAGUUUGUGCAAUGCUCAUGAUGGUUAUGGUGUCACCUUGGACAUGGGCAUGGAUGAAGGCCAACAAGUGUGUUUGGCUCACUCGCAUGUCCUGGAUGCUUGUCUCCAGUAAUAUUAUUGGAUGGCCGGAGGAAAAGCCGUUGUGGUCAAACCGCAUGGGGCAGUACAACUUUCUGAGCUAUGUGGGAUGCGAGGAAAAGCCAAGUAGUAGCCCGUGGUCGGAACGAGUGACUAGCAUGAUCAGGAAGAUGGCAAAAGCAGUUGGCAAGUUAUUUUGGUUGAGCAAGUUAUUAGACAUCAAGUAUGAGGAGGUGGAUAUGGAUAUCACAGAGAGUUUUGCGAAGGAAAUUAGAGCCAUUCUCCAAUCCCCUUUUGGAGGUGGCCAAAAACAAGAGUGGGAACAUCUCAGUCGGUUCCUGCAUAGUAUGGCAAGGGAGUUGUCCGACAACUUUAGUGCUGUCAUAAUCCGCUUGCAUAUAGCAACAAUGAUACACCUGACUGAGGUUUCAAAUGUGGAUGCGGAGUCAGUUGCCUUGGUUGGUAUCUGCAGGAAGCUAUCCAAUUAUAUGAUGUACCUUCUUGUUACACAACCAGUUAUGUUGCAGGUCACCGCUACUAGUGCCGAGUCAGUAAUACAAGGCUUCCACAACAAGUUUGUGACGAUGAUGACAGCCACAUGCAACAAUGGUGGGAAGCAUGUUGUUCUGCAAAUUCUUAAAGAGUUCUUAUCAAAGGAGGAUUACACCUUGUCUUUGCCUGAACCAUGCAAAGAAACAUUGGAAGAGAUGAGAGAUAUGUGGGUGAGGAUCAUCAUGUACGCUGCUGGGAGGUCUCGACCGGAGACACACGCGACGCAGCUAGCCAGAGGAGGGGAAUUCCUUACCUUCAUUUGGCUUCUCAUGGCACACAAAAGCCUUGGAGCUUCCGUGGCAUUUCCGAUCGAUCUUAUUAGUCCACCUCCUACUUUUGGACCUCUCAUGGAUGUGCGAUAUUAUGCCUUUGAUUUUCGCUCAUAAUUCAUAGCAAAUUUACGCCAUCAUCGAUCUGAGAUCGAUAUCUCAUGGCGCACAUGGAAAGAGCUCAGGGACGAUAAGUUUGGCAUGACCGAACUUCAUAUCAUCUUAGCUAUGCUUUAGAAUCAUGGGCUGCUUAGUAAUUAAUAUAUUGAUACCUACUGAAAGUACUAGCAAGGUUACACGAAACAGCAUAUAUAGGAGCACUCGCGACCCAGCCUACUGCAAUCAUACCUAACCAGUUGUCGCUACUCCCUCCGUCCCAAAAUAAAUGACUCAAAAAUGACUUAGUUUUGUACUAAAUUAGUAUAAAACUGAGUCAUUUUUGAGUCACAUAUUUUAGAACGGAGGGAAUAUUAUAUUAGCCCCUCUGUAUUGCGUAUCCCUGUCUCCUUCGUUUGUAUAUUGGCCACUGUUACAACAGACUAGGCAGCUAAUUCAUUGUCUCCUUCGUUUGUAUAUUGGCCACUGUUACAACAGACUAGGCAGCUAAUUCAUUGCUUCAUUUAUGAGUGAGGAGUUGUUACUA